AUGAAAAAGGAAAAGCAAGAGGCACAAAAAAGAAAAUAUGUACCAGCAGGUGCUAUGGCCUCUUAUUUGAGAAAAGAUAAACAAAAACACCACAUGUCACAACAAUCAAUUGAAGAGCAACAAGUUUCAAUUAGUCUUCGCCAAAAGUGUAAGGAACCACCAGCAGCUCUAGUUGGACAAUCACAAAAGGCUAAAGGUCAAUCAGAAAAAAGCAAGGAACAUCCUGAAAUUUCAGUUAUACAACAACAAAUUAUGCAGCAACAGUUCGUCAAUCACCGUAUAAAUAUACAUUCUCAACAAGAGACAUAUGACUUAGUGGUGGAGGAACAAGUUGAAAAGCAUAAUCAAUUGCCUAAAAGUUCAAUUCAGGAGAGAAAGAAGCAACCAAGUCCAAAGAAGAAUGGGCAAAGAAUAGCAUUAUGUCCAGCUGGAUCAUUGUCAAGUUAUUUCAAAUUGAAAAGUCGCAAAGAAGUUCAAGGGCAACAAUCAUGUGAACAUCAAGAAAACGAAGAGCAUUUAGAGGAAGUGAUUAGGGAAGAACAAACUCCUCCUAAUUAUCAUUCUUUUCAUAAUGAGCAUCACCAAGAGAGUAUGAUGGAGAUUAAUGAAGACUACUCCUAUGAUACUACAAUUCAAUCUGACGAUAAUCAAGUUCCCGUUAAAAAGAAAACUAGGGGUCCAACUCUCAUGAAAGAGAUCCAACUUAGGAAAUUUGAAGAUCGCAAGCCAAUUAUGUUAAAUGCUCACAACCAGCCCAUAGGCCCUGAUGAAGAAACAUUAACUGAAUUCAGAAAUUUUCUUGGUACGGUGGCACGAAAUCAACAACUUGCUCCAUUAAAUCAUACUAAUUGGUCGAAGAUGCCAUCAAAGGAUCAAAUUUGGGAAUAUGUUAAUAGAAUAUAUAUUCUUCCAAUAGCAAGUAAGAAAUGGGUGAUGAAUGCAAUUGGAGAUGCAUGGCGAACACACAAAUGCAAAGUAAAGAAGACUUACUUUAAAAAAUAUGCAACUGAUGAAGAAAGGAUGAAAAACCGUCCACUAGAGAUUUCAGAACUAAUUUUUAAGGAGCUUCUUCAAUAUUGGAAUGAUGAAGAUGUGCAGAAAAUAGCUAAUAUCAAUAUUGAAAAUCGCAAAAGACAACAUGAUAUGCACACUACUGGUCCAAAAAGUUUUGCCAGUAUCUACCAUAAUUUGCAAAAUUCCAAGGAGAACAAAGAACCUCCUACCAAAGUUGAAAUGUAUCUAGCUACUCGGAAAAGAAAAGAAGGACGUGCAUAUCAAGAUGAUAACAGUAUUAGAGAAAAAAUAGCUCGAAUUGAAGAGUUGCAAUCCCGAGGAGAAAGUGGUGAAAUGUUGGAAGAAGUUAUAACUGAAUUGGGGCAAGAACGACCUGGUCGUGUGUUAUUAAUGGGGAGAGGUGUUACACCAAUUGACUUGAGAGGAAAAGGACCAUCAAAGGAUAACUAUAAACUUCCAGAGGAGUGCAUUGAAUCCAUAAAAUCAACAUUGGAAAAAGAAGUAGAGGAGAAGUUAGAAGCAGAAAGGGCAAUAAUUGCCCAAAUGAAAGAAGAAUUAGAAGUUGAGAAGGAAAAAAUGACUAAAGAAAUUACUGAAAUGAAAGAAAAGAUGGAAGCUGAAAGUGCAACAAUGGCACAACAGAUCUUGUCAGUGCUUGUGAAUCAAAUAGCACAAGUUAACCCAACUAUGAAUGUGGAUGCACUUGGUUCAUUGAUUACAGGACUUAAUUCACUUCAAGGUGGUUCAACUGUACAAAACAACAAAAGGUAA